AAGAAAAACGUACUACUCGUUUAAAUCCACGCGCUGAUCAACUGGUCAAAGCCGUCUUGCAACGUAAAGGAAUGAACUCAUUCGAUGAACUGCUUUUUAAGGGUGAAAAGCAAAGAACUCGGAAGAAAUAAGUAUUAUAAAAAUCGGUAGGCGUACACAAGACUUAUUUAAAGAAACUGCCCUCUGCUUCGUACACUGAUAUUUCAACAUGGGAACAAACCCAAGAUGUAUUAAUGCCGGAAGAUUUACGAGCGUUUUAUACAUCAUCAAACGGUUUCAUAUUCGAAUGGACCUAUACGCUGACAGGAGAUUGUCACAAAGACAAAGUAAGCGGUGCAAUUAAAAUCAAUCCGCUUCAACAUCUUGUACCAAUAUUUGGUUUUGAAACGUCGCAGGACCCUGGGGUGAAAUUGGACACAGAACGCUAUCAAAUUAAAUUAUCAAUCGAGAGUCGACUAUUUAUAAUAGAUACAGUGCCAGACAGAGGACAUGUAGUUUUGGUAUAUUUAUUCCCAAAAUAUGUCCCUACGAUUUGGUUAUUAACAUCAAAUAUGACGUUACAUUUUCUAGCAAACGAUAUAGCGACAUAUUUACGUAUGGCUGUGUCUCACUUAGGUAUACCUAAUUGGCAAAUGAUCUACACACCAAAUGGAGUGCCUCAGUGGACAGAGAACUUGUUCAGAAUGUUGGCGCCACACUUGUUGCCUUUAAGUAAGACAAUAGAGAGCACAAAUCGUGAGCAGGAAGAAGAAAAAAAUGACAACUGUUCGGAGGUUCCAAUUAAUAAAUUGGAUCCCAAUUUAUUUAAACUUCUUCCACGUACAGCAAUUCCAGUAUUAAUUCGUAGUGUUACUAGUCCGCAGCCAGAAAAGACGGCGACGCGAAAGAAGGCUUAUAAACAGGCAGAUCAAACGCAUAAGCCCCGCACGAGAAUGUUACGAAAACCUUUGUAUUAUGUUAAGAAAAAUUCCAAGUAAAAUUAUUUAUCAGUCUACACAUAAGACUAUUACCAUAUCUAUCAUGCUUUUUAUUAUUUGUAUCUGUUGUGUAAUUAUAUAUUGUUAUUGUUUCUA